CCAUUUUCUAGUUGCUUCUAGUCGCACUGAUAAAUUUUGAGAAAUAAAUUAGUAAUUCGAGUAGAAAGAAAGGGGGGAAAUGGCGUGCGUACAUGAUCAUAGCUGCGAAGAUCACGAUUGUUCAUCCGAUUGGUCUCUCUACAAACACAUCGACUUCCCUAAGGUGUCUGCAUUGAAUGAGGCUGUUCCUGGAAGUGUCAAAACUGUUUUUAAAGCCUGGGAGCACCGCCUAAGCUCCUCCGAGGGUGUCUUGGAAAGCAAUGAGGGUGAUCCUGAGUUAAUUGUUUUUAUUCCAUUUACAUCUGAUGUCAAGAUAAAGAGCAUUUCAGUUGUUGGUGGUGCUGAUGGAACAAGUCCUUCCAAGAUGAGAGCGUUUAUCAACCGUGAAGGAAUUGACUUCUCAGAUGCUCAGAGUAUGCAAGCUAUUCAGGAGUGGGAUCUGGCAGAAAAUAUGCAAGGGCUGUUAGAAUACCAGACAAGGUACUCUAGGUUCCAAGGCGUUGGAAAUCUGACGUUGCAUUUUCCUGAUAGUUAUGGUGGCGACACAUCUAGAAUACAAUACAUUGGGCUAAAAGGUGAAGCGACUCAGUUGAAGAGAGAUGUUGUUGCAACAAUUGUUUAUGAGCUUAUGCCAAAUCCUUCUGAUCACAAGACAAAAUCGGAAACUGGAGGUGGCAUGUCACAUGUGGAGUGAGUUUGCCGGUGUAGAAGUAGGUCCUGCAAUAUAUAAAAAAGUUAGUAGACCGCACCUUCAUCUGCUUAGAAUUACUGAUAUAACUUUUUUUAUUUGCUAAAGCAAAUCUUGCUAUGUACUAAACUAAAAUGAUAUGUCUGCAAAUUAUAUUAACAAAAUUUAAAGUCUAUAUAUGCGGAAACGAGUCAUAUUGCGUGAUCA